GCUCCCGGUAGCCCAGUGUCCCUCGAGACAAGUGCCCAGACAUGUUCUUCAGGAGGACCAUGUCCGUCGCAGGCGAAGAGGACGAAGGAGCUUCGACGACGGCCAGCGCCGAAGCCCUCGCCCCUGGCCCUGCGAGAGCACCGGCGAGAUUCCACUAUCUUACAGACCAACCACUCGAAAUAACCAGCUCACUCAAAGGAUACAAUUUUAAUUACCCGAGAGCAAGAACAGAGGCGCUGUAUAAGGCAGAACCUGCAAGGCACCGAGAUGCGAUGAACUUCACCAACUGGCGCAUCCUCAAGUGGUUGCUAUUGCCUUUGUUGACCCUUCUUUUGCUGGGUGGUGUCGUCUACUCUAUAAUUUGGGCCACACAAGUUCGACCGAAAGCAAUUACAAAUGCAACCUUCACCUUCGAGACAGAUCUUGAUCUUGAAUCUCACUCGAGUUUAGCACAGUUACCAGACAACGAGACAAACAGCACAUACAAGUCUUUAGAGACAAUGAUUGAAGAACCGGAAAAGGAAAUCGAAGAAGAAUCGGAUCUGAGCAAAGAAAUGGCACUUGCUGAAGAAGUCUCUUUUAUAGACAGGCUCAUAUCCAAUUUCCACGAGAGCGCCAAAAAACAAGAGAAACCUGUGCAUGAAGGGCUGAGCGUUAAGCAGUUCACGAGCUUGGGCGAAACCGGAUACAUGAAGAGAAUAACAAAUGGGCACAAAUAUGGAGAAUAUCAAUCUGCUCCAUCUAUGGGCAAAUUGUUGAGCAUGAGCACUACAGCUCUACCUGUAUCUCCAACUCUACCGAGCCUGCAACCACGGGGUGUUCCACAGCCAACUCAGCCUCCAUACAACUACACAGAAAGCAAUUGUCACUCUCCUCAGUUACAAAUAUGCCGAGGGGUGAUUCCGUGGGAUCUAACAUCAAUUCCAUCCUUGCCCGGGAUAAACACAAUGGAGUCUUUAAGAGACGCAAUGCCUUAUUUCGAACUCAUUCUGGAUUCCGGGUGUAGUCCGAGGUCCAGGCAGUUCCUCUGCUCCCUACUUGAGCCUGAGUGUCGCCCCCUCGGCCAGCUCGUCACUCCUCCAUGCAGAAGUCUUUGCAAAGCCGUUGCGGAAGAUUGCCACGACUUCAUCCUCGAUUUGUUGGACCUUUCGCAGGUCUUUAAAUGUGACAACUAUCCCGAUGCUGAAGAUUCUUGUGUGAAUCUUGCAAAAGGUGAGACCUGUCUGAACAAGGAGUUCAGCUGCGGUGACGGAACUUGUAUUCCAAACAGGUGGAGAUGUGAUGGAAAAAAAGAUUGCUUGAAUAGCAUAGACGAAGCCAAUUGCACUGCUUGCAACAAUUACCAAUUUGCUUGUGGCAGCAAAGAUCAAUGCGUUCCUUUGGAAUGGAGAUGUGAUGGUCACCCCGAUUGUAGGGAUUCGUCUGAUGAAAACAACUGCCAAGGAAACGAAGAGAAUACAGUAAAAGGAGAAAACAACCUUAAAUACUUAGUAGUUCCUCAAAAACAUGAUAUGAUAGCGAUGCAUUCUUCUCACUCACACGCUUCACCUUGCCCGACGAGCGAAUUGAGAUGUUUGGACGGAAGGUGUAUCACUCUCCAGCAAAUCUGUGAUGGCAAAAAGGACUGUAUUGACGGCGCCGAUGAAGCAAACUGUCAGCUCCCUUACACCUGAUUUACUCUCUAACUCGAAUCCAUCAUCCUAAGAAGUUUCUUAAUUAUAGUUAUGUGCCAAAUAUAAAAAGUAAAAGUUGAAAAAGCAUGUUAUAUUCGGAUAGAAGAAAAACCUCGAUAUGCAAUCUUUAAAAAAUAAACAAUAUUCUGAAUUAA